AGGAUCUCCUUCCAGCAACUCCUGAACAACUGCAUCAUCCCCUCCCCCCAAAUCAAGCACGACAGAACGCAGCCCGGCAGGCCGAGGGAGUGGGCAAAUCAGAUAAAUAGCGGGGCAACGCCGAUGGCACCCAGCACAGCACCCAACACAGCACCCAACACAGUAUCCAGCACAGUACCCAACACAGCACAUCCGUACCUGCACCAAACCCCUCCCCCAAGGCUCUGACCGAUUGAAUCAACCGAACCAAUGGCAUCGUUGCAGUUUGAUAUCAUCAUCGUUGGUGCCGGUGUCGUCGGGGCGGCUGCAGCCGCGGCGCUCGGACGAGCAGGAUACAGAAUCCUGGUGAUAGAGCGAGAUCUAAGCACCCCGGAAAGAAUCGUUGGCGAGCUUCUGCAACCCGGAGGUGUAUAUGCUCUGCGGGACCUUGGCCUGGAAGACUGCAUCGAAGGCAUCGACGGCGUUGACGUACAAGGAUACGUUGUGGUGGACGGCAAGCGCCAGAUCCGGAUCAACUACCCCGCAUCGGAGGGAAGAUUGGCCAGCGGCAAGAGCUUCCACCACGGCAAGUUCGUGGCCAAACUUCGCGAUGCAGCCCGGAGCAGCCCAAAUGUCACCAUGGUCGAGGCAACGGCCCAGGAACUUCUCUGGGAUCAUGCAGGGACAGCUGUCACCGGUGUGGCUUUCACCCCUCGAACCAGCACAGGAUCAAAGCAGCCCGAGCAGGCCGUGGCAACUCUGACGCUGGUGGCCGACGGCUGCUUCUCGAGCCUUCGCAAGCACAUCCACCCACGCUGCGCCCGCCCCCAGCCCGCUAUCGCAACGCCAUCGUACUUUUACGGUCUGGUCAUGCGGGACUGCGAGCUGCUGCAUCCUGGAUACGGACACGUUGUCCUUGCCGAGCCCUCAACGGUGCUGAUGUACCAGAUUGCGACUGGGGAGGUGCGCGUGCUGGUCGAUGUGCCCGUUGGUGUGCGUCGAUUCAAGAGUCAAGCCGAGAUCAAGGAGUAUAUGCGACAGUCGAUUCUCCCGCAACUGCCACUGUCGAUCCAACCCUCGUUUGCAACGGCAGUCGAUGCCCAGACGAUUCGAUCCAUGCCAAACCAACAGCUCUCGUCGUCGCCGCUGCGUCAGCAAGGGGUCGUGAUGCUCGGAGACGCAGCCAACAUGAGGCACCCGCUGACCGGGGGUGGUAUGACGGUCGGUCUCAGGGAUGUCGUUGAGCUCUGUCGGUUGCUGUCUCCUGCUACCGGCCCGCGUCUCGGUCAGAGAAUCUUGGAGCUUGGUAGACUACAGUCUCGGCGGAAGCGACAUGCUGCACCCAUCAAUCUCCUUGCCCAGUCGCUCUACGUCGUCCUGGCUGCGCCGAGGAACAACAGGAGCAUGCGCAUCAUUCGCGAGGGAAUUCUAUGCUACCUCGGCUCGUGCUCGACCGGGGUGCAGCUCUCGAUCGGUCUGAUCAGCGGAAUCACUCGGUCGCCGUUGGCAUUUCUGCUCAACUCUAUUGCCGUGAUCGCCUAUGCGGUCCUGGUGCAUGUGUACUCACAGUCCCUGUGGUGCCUGCCCGUAACUCUGCACGAAGCUCUCUCGGCAGCGGUUGAGUUGCUCACAACACUGGGGCCGAUGGUUGUCGGGGAGUUGUUUGAUUGAUGAACUUCAGGGGGUGUUUGUUUUUUCUUGGCUCGCCACUUGCUACGGUUGUUGAUAUAAGGCCGGCAUGAAUCCUCAUCCUCCUUCUCCGCCCACACACAGUCCUCCUGCUACUUCAGCCGAUGUGCGAGGCGAAUGAGGCGAUGCACGAGUGAGGCUAUGGACCAACCCGACCAUGCCUGUUGAAACAGGGCCGGGCGAGACCAGAGGGCUACUCACAACGCUGCAGCAGCAGACAGAAACUGCGAACAGAAACUGCUGGCAAGAGCUGCUCACAG